AUGUCCUCUGCAAGUAUAAUGUCCUCAGCAAACUCCGGUGGAGGCGGUAACACAGUGCUGACUUUAGGAAUUGUGGUUGAAACCUUGAGCCGUGAUGGAGGAAAAGAGUGUCCAUCAUAUGGGGCAGAUGCACAUAAUGGCAAUGUGAGGGAAAGGAAAAUCAAAGUCCAGUAUAGAGAAAAAGAGAAAACACUAGACUUGACCAGGCUGUUGAGAGUUUUUGGAGACGGUAGAGAGGAGCAGGUGUACAGAAAGGUGGUGGAGCUGGUAUCUCCAGGGGAAGAGGAGCUGACGAACACUGGACUGCUGUCUUUUAUUAAAGUGCUACAAAAACGUGUGCAGUGUAAUGCAGCGGUGUCGUGUGAAAAGUGUCUGUCAGAGGAGAGUGUAGGUCAGCUGGUGACGAACUACUCCAGCUCUGGUGGUGUACCAGUCGAGGAUUUCUUCAGGCUGGCUGCUGGCUGCAGUCUUCUCCUCGUUAACCCCUUAAAUACCUGCAAAGCCAUAACAGAGGGUCGCUGGGCACAGGAGACCACAGACUUUUUUCACACACUCACCGAGCAUAGUGAGCAUGACAUCUCUCACAGCAUAGAAAAACUGCUUUCUCAUAUAGAAGAGCAUUAUCUGCCUGAAACACACAAUGAUCACUGUCUCACACUCGAUGACAUAAUGGAAGAGAGCAACAUGACUCACACUCAUGAAGACCAUCAGCAUACAGACUCUCACUCAGACAUGAAUACAGUUUUUGGUAAUAUUGUCUACCAUGUGUUACUGGGAGACUGCAUCAGUGCCCACAGCCUGCCCGGAGAGAAGUUCUUCCUCGAUUACAUAUUUAACAACUUUGGCCCAGACAACAUCAAUCUGCAAGGUCUUGAGAAGCUAAUGGCGGCUUUGAACCUGGGACGAAUGGCUGACCAUGAGCAUGACAACGACCACAGUCAUGGCCCAGAUGCUCAUCAUUCCGAGGAACUCAAGCCACAUGAUGGAAAGGCCCUUAGGCAGAGUCACAAUGAGCCCCGGGCCUCCAACAGCAGCUGGGACAUGAUAUGUCUUACUGCACAAGAUUUGUUAAAGAUCUACCAGCUGAAUAGUUCAGGACUCAACAAAGAAGAGUUUAUUCGAAUCAGCCCUGCUCUGAUUCAGCAGCUCCUUAGUAAAGCUUGUACUACCACCAGACCACCGACAGAGAACCCUGACCCACUGAGCACUAUGGAGCGAUACAUAUAUGCUACACUGGCCAACAUGGUUAUUUGUCUUAUGGCAAUGUUUGGGAUUGUGGUGCUGCUGUGUACAUCCUGCAGCAGUCUGUUCCAGCUGUGUAUUCAGUUCUGCAUUAGUCUUGCCGUAGGCUCGCUGACAGGUGAUGCUCUGCUCCACCUCCUGCCCACGUUCUUGGGCCUACAUGUGCAUGAAGAAGAUGGGAGUAGUUCACAUGAAUCUAUCUAUAAAUGGCUGGUGCUUUUGGGAGGCAUCUAUUAUUUUUACCUGAUGGAAACCAUAUUCUCCAUCAUCACUCGCAAAGGCAGCCACUCUCAUCACCAUGAAGACGAAAAAGAUCCACAUCACUGUGACCAUGGCAAAGUCCUGCAGAUGUACCAGAGAGAAAAGAAAAACAAGCUGUCCAUCUCACAAGCUGACCUGGUCGAAGGAGAUAACAAAGCCAAGUCCUCAGAGGCAGAAACAGCACACAGAACAAGAGAGCAGCGCCUGCUUCCCUACAUGAUCACCAUCGGAGAUAGCAUUCACAACUUUGCAGACGGCCUGGCCAUGGGCGCCGCCUUUUCAGUCUCCUGGCGUUCUGGAUUGGCUACAUCGCUGGCUGUACUCUGCCACGAACUGCCACAUGAGCUGGGUGAUUUUGCUGUGCUGUUGCACUGCGGCGUAUCAGUGAAAAAAGCUCUGCUGUUGAAUGUCGGCAGUGCCCUGACCUCCUUUAUAGGACUCUACAUUGCACUUUCUAUCUCCACUGACACUGCAACACAACAGUGGAUUGCAGCAAUUACUGCUGGCCUUUUCCUCUACGUGGGACUUACAGAUAUGCUUCCCUCCAUGAUUCAUGCGGACAGCAAUAGACCGUGGCUGAUGUUCCUACUGCAGAAUCUAGGGUUGCUGACUGGUUGGGGCAUCCUGCUGCUGCUUUCUGUUUAUGAGGACCAAAUAGGCAUCUAAAAAAGAGGGUAAGCAGCUGGUAGCCUGCUUUUAUUUUAGUAUCGCUAACUCCAGAUUUUACAUUGUUUUAAAAACAAUGAAAUAAUGUAAAAAUUUGGUACUUGCCACUUGAAUAGUGCCUUAAAGUUAAAAAAUACUACCUGUAGUAGAAUAUUUUAUGUAGAAAAUUUACUUUAAUGCCAAUUAAAAUAGUGUUUUAGUCAGGAAAUAUAUACAAAACCUAUUGUGCAUUAAACUAUACUGAACAUUUGAUGUUAAGACAUUUGAUGCAUUUGCACUAAUUGCUUUAUUACCACUAAGGUUAGCUAGUACUGGAUUAUACUCGUACAGUCAUAUCCAAUAUUAGCGCAAUAGAUACUGUUUCAAAAUAUGGCCUUCAUGGUGUACAGUGUUUAAAAAUAUCUUUUAGACACUGCAGUACCACAUAUACCAGCAUAACACUCACUUAAGCCACUUAAGUCAUGAAAUUUUUACUAAAAAGGACAAAAUGUGUCUUUUCUGAUGAUGUUUGGCACUCAAAUGACAUGAUCCUAACAGAAGUCCAAUAAUUUCCAUACUCAGGAAGAACAGCCUGGAAUUUGCAAUAAAUACAGAAGGGGCCAAAAUAUGUGUACACCAGUGGCGAUUUCUCUAAGACUGCAAGGGAAGCUCAGCUUCCCCUAAAAUGUCAAAAAUUAAAUGGUCAAAUAUGUACAGUUGUGUAACAUUUUAUUGACUACAAAUGCGUUAGAAUAUGUUCAUCUUGAAGACUUACUUAUCACAAAUCGACUCAAUUUUGUUAACUUAACUCGUACAUUCCCGGAGCGUCAAUGCAUUUACCCGCAAACGCUGAGCGUCUCUGGGGGUCAAUGGGGCUGUGGGCGGGUCUGGACGCUGAGCUUCUGCAAGAUGAUUGGAGGAUCAGUCGAAAGGCUGAAUCCCGUUUUGAUUGACAGCUGUCGCUGGGAGCUUCAGUACCAUCGCGGAUUUUGCGAGUGAAGUCGGAAGACAAACUGCAACCCAUUUCAUGCCAUUUUCUUGAAAACUAACAAAGGGGAGAAUUUAUACAUUUAUAUAUAAAUAAAUUGACAAAUUUUAUGAUGUAAGCCGACAAUGAGCUUCCCCUCUUUGAAAGACCAGCAGCUGCCACUGGUGUACACACUAAUCGAAAUACUGUAGCAAAGUGUAUUAAGUUCACAGGUGACAUAUAUUCAUCUUUAGAUGUCUAUUUAUAAAGUUUUAUACAGGUUUUUCUUUAGUUAAAGUGUGUAUACAUAUACAUUGGACCCCUCUGUAUGUAAGCAACAACAGUAAUGUCUGCCUUUUAGACUAUGCAUUAAACAUAUUUAAUUAAAAAAGAUAUUUAUUUAAAAAAGCGGUUACUGAACAGUAAAAGCUAAAAAAAAAAAUCUAAUGUCUACUAAUAAGCUACAGCUUCAGUAAAUUUUAGUUUACUUGUUGACAUUCUGUAAUAUGCAAAAAACUAAUAAUCUAACUGUUAAUUACAGUCAACUUGAAUAGUGGUGAUAAGUGGUGGUCCUAUAACAGUCCCUUACUAUUUAAGCAUACAGAAUGUAGUCUACUUUAGGUAACUGUACACCUAUAACUGACCAUACCAGUGAACUGGGUUUAUCUGAUAUAAUGACCAGUGUGUGUGUGUGUGUAUACACAGUACUUUAGUUUCUAAAGUAUUUGUAGGAUUUUUUUCCUAUUUAAAAUUAGUAUUUUUGGUAUAGUUAUGAUAUUCUGCUGUUUUUAAGCUGACCUGUUUAGAAUUGUGUAAUAAUAACGUUAUGCCUUUUGUAUGUAUAUAAGUGUAAGUGCUUUGUAAGACGAUGAAAAAAA